AUGAUGUGCAGUAAUGAAGUUUACACCAACGUUGAUGUCCGGAAGGGUCAGGAACGACAGGUGGACGGCACAGGGGAAGAAAAUGGAUAUAAUAAUUCUGCUGCCUCUAAGGAAAAUGUGAGAAAGAAAAAAAAGAGUGAUAAAAAUGAUACUGACCUUGCAGUCACGGGUUCUGCAAAAACUUCUGAAAAGGUGCAGACACAGGAUAAGGUUAUCGAAUCAAAUGCGAAGUUGAAAAAGGAGAAAAACAAAAGGACAGCCGAUUCUCUUGUUCAAAGUGACCAUGAAUUAUUAAUCUCAAAGCAAGGUACUGAUGGUGAAAUACCAGUGCCUGCAUCCACUAGGAAACAGAAAGAGAAGAAAAUAAAGAAAAGUAAGCUAACUUCUGAAUUACUUGAUGAUGAUGAAAAACGACUAGAGAUAAUGCCUGAGGUUACUGAAGAGAAAAGCGAAGAUUUAAAUGAUGGUAAAGAUGAUUCUGCUGCCCUAGUUGAAUCUAAAGAUAAAAAGAAGAGAAAAGGGCGGAAGAAGGAUAUUCUUUUUGAAGAUGUUGAGAAGGAAAGCUUUAGAAAUAAGAGUAAAGUGGAUGCUGAUAAAGUUGUUAGUGACAUUCUAUUGGAAGAGGAUAAAGAUCAAGAUAAAGAAAAGAAGAGACAGGAAGAAUCUACAGAGAAAUCAGUCAAGACAGUGGAAGAUGGGGCUAAUGAAUAUAAGAUGGGUUCCAAGAAAAGGAAACGAUUGGCUCAUGAUGAAGAUGGGAAGCAGCCUGUUGAGGAAGUAGCUGUUGAAGAAUCAAAGCGCAGAAAAACUGAUGGGCAGGAAGAAGCCGAGGGCAUUGAGCAGCAACUGAAUGGUAGUCCCAAUGGAGUGGAAAAGUCCAGUCAGCCAAAAUCCACAAGAAAACAAAUAAAUAGUUCUGCUGAGCCAAAAAUGGUGAAUGCAUUUCAAAGGGUUAAAGUUGAUGAGGUGAAGUUUGUUGAUGAGAGGCUUCAAGAUAAUUCGUACUGGGCAAAGGAUGGCUCCGAAACUGGCUAUGGAGCAAAAGCACAAGAAAUUUUGGGUCAGGUCAGAGGAAGGGACUUUCGGCAUGAAAAAACUAAGAAGAAGCGUGGUAGCUAUAGAGGAGGACAGAUCGACUUGCAAUCUCACUCGAUUAAGUUCAAUUAUUCCGAUGAGGAAUGA